ACGUCGAAAUUAGGAUCUCCUUAGAAGAAGUAGUUUUCCUACGAUUUUAAAAUUAAUUUUUUUAGUGAACGAACAAGAAGAGAUCAAGAUGAAACAGACACAGAAACAUUCAGCCUGAACACUGCAAAUAUUUUUUAUUGUUUUACUCAGCCACUUUUGGCGUUAUACUUUUAGCUUACGACUUAAGAGUUUGUGACUCAUUAUUAUCUAUUGAAGAAAAUCAUGUGAACAUUUGUUCUUAAGAAAUCGUUUUGGAUUUUUAAGACUUGCGAAUAUAUUUUAAAGUAAGAUGGCUAAACAAACAGGUUCAAUCCAAGUGAUUCGCCAACUUUUUGAUUUUCAAUCUGAAGAUAAAAAUCGUACAAUUGAAAGAUUGGAGCUUUUAGAUUAUGUUUCAAAAGCAGUACUUGAUUUAGAUACUUCCAUUCUUAGAAUAUACGGUACAAACAGCCUAACUCAGGAAAAAAUGGCUUUUGAACUAAGAUCGUUAGGUGUAAAGAGUGAUGCGGUUGAAUUAGAAGAUACUCUUUUAAGAGUUCGAGGCAUGACGUGCCAAUCUUGCGUACACGGAAUAGAAUCAAACAUUUCUCAAAUGAAAGGUGUCGAAAGUAUAAAAGUCAGCUUGGAAGAAGAGUCUGCUUUUGUAAAGUAUGAUGUAAGAUUUAUUUCACCUUUAAAUAUUCGUAAUGCAAUUGACGAUAUGGGCUUCGACUGUUCAUUAACAAGACAAACAACAGUUAUCGAUAUCGAAGGAAUGACAUGUAAUUCUUGUGUUAAGAAUAUUGAAAAUACCAUUUCAAACGCAAAGGGCAUUUUGAAUAUUAAAGUAUCACUUGAAAAUAAAGAAGGUAUUUUUACUUUCGAUCCAGAAUUAACGCACCCCGAAGCUGUAGCCGAUGCUAUUGAUGACAUGGGCUUUGACGCAUCUGUCAAUGUUAAAAAGAGUUUAUUACAAAGUGAUAAUCAGGAUAAUAAAGCCUCAUGUACUAUAAAUAUAGAAGGUAUGACAUGUAACUCAUGCGUUAAACAUAUAGAAGGAACAAUGAGUGGUGAAUUAGGUGUUAAACUUAUAAACGUCAGCUUAAUCGAUAAAAAUGCCGUUGUUACAUUCGAUCCAAGUAAAACUUCUCCAGCAGAAAUUGCUGAUAAAAUUGAUGAUAUGGGAUUCGAGGCCUCUGUAUUCGGCCAAGAAUCAAGUAAGAAAUCAAAUAACGUUGCUGCUGAAUCUGUCAGUAUUGAGAUGGAGCCAUUAGUGAAAAACAAUCAUAAAAAUAAAUAUUCUAAAUGUAUUCUUUCUGUAAGAGGAAUGACUUGUAGUUCUUGUGUUUCUGCUAUUGAAAAAGGCUUAAUGAAAGUUCUAGGCAUAGAAAACGUGCUGGUAGCUUUAAUGGCUGAAAGAGCCGAAAUAACUUAUGAUGAUGAUAUCUUAACCCCUAAAGAAAUUGAAAAUUGUAUUGAAGACUUAGGUUUCGAGGCUUGUGUAACAGAAACAAAAUUAGACAAUGUAGUAGAUUUAAAGAUUCAGGGUAUGACCUGUUCUUCAUGCGUUCAUAACAUCGAAUCAAAUUUAAGGAAAAAAAUUGGCAUCGUAGAUGUUAAAGUAUCACUUGCAACUUCCAGCGGAAAAAUUACCUAUGACCCUUCCAAUACGGGACCGCGCACUAUUAUCGAAAUAAUUGAAAGCUUAGGCCACCCUUGCGAAUUAUCAACAGACGACAAUAAAGGAUUAGAUGUUAAAGCUCAUAGAAAAAUAACAAAAAAAUGGAGAAAUUCAUUCCUCAUUGCUUUGUUUUUCGGUUUACCAUGUAUGAUUCUUAUGAUUUAUUUUAUGAUCGAUCGAUCUCGAGCAAAAGCAGAAGCCAAAAAGAACAAUACAACUCUACCUGUUCAUUAUGGUUUAGUCGUUCCUGGUUUAUCAAUAGAAAAUCUUGUGAUGUUUUGUUUAGCUACACCAGUUCAAAUUUGUGGUGGAUGGCAAUUUUAUAUUCAUGCUUGGGCAGCUUUAAAGCAUAGGACCACUAAUAUGGAUGUGUUAGUUGUCUUAGCUACAAGUAUCGCUUAUCUUUAUUCCUUUAUUGUUGUUCUUGUUGCAAUUUGCUUAUCCGAACCUUUCUCUCCUAAAACGUUUUUUGACACACCACCCAUGCUCUUCACUUUUAUUGGACUUGGAAGAUGGUUAGAACAUAUUGCCAAAGGUAAAACUUCUGAAGCAUUGGCCAAACUUAUGUCACUUCAAGUAGCAGAAGCUAUGUUGGUGAAGAUGGGACCAAACGGAGACGUUAUUAGUGAGUCUAUUGUUGAUGUAAAAUUGAUUCAGAGAGGAGAUAUUCUUAAAGUUACGCCUGGUACAAAGGUACCAGUGGAUGGUCGUGUUGUCGAAGGAAGCUCGUCAUGCGAUGAAAGUAUGAUAACAGGAGAAAGUAUGCCUGUCCCCAAAAAUCCUGGAUCAGAUGUCAUUGGCGGAAGCUUAAAUCAGAAUGGAAGUCUUUUUAUAAGAGCAACUCAUGUUGGUUCGGAUAGUGCGCUAUCACAAAUAGUUAGACUCGUUGAAGAGGCUCAGACUUCUAAAGCUCCUAUACAAGCACUAGCCGAUAGAAUUGCUGGACUGUUUGUUCCAAUUAUCAUAGGAUUAUCAUCUGUUACUCUAAUAGGAUGGGUUAUUAUUGGGUAUUAUAAUACAGAUAUUAUUGAUGCGAAUCAUGAAGAGCGAGAUAAGAACCGUCAUGAAGUAAUAUGGGAACACGCUUUUAGGUUUGCAAUUACAGUUUUAUGUAUCGCGUGCCCCUGUGCUUUAGGUCUUGCCACCCCAACGGCUGUUAUGGUUGGCACUGGUGUUGGUGCAACUAAUGGAAUACUUAUAAAAGGUGGAGAGCCUUUAGAAACAGCCCACAAAGUCAAUACUUUUGUUUUUGACAAGACUGGAACACUUACAUAUGGAACCCCUAGAGUAUCGAAAGUCAUGAUUAUCGUCCCUGAAAGUCAAUUUUCGUUUAUGAAGAUUAUAGCCAUUGUAGGCACAGCGGAAUCAAGCAGUGAACAUCCUAUAGCAUCAUCUAUCGUUAAAUAUGCAAAGCAGUUAAUCGGAUCGGAGACAUUAGGAACUCCUAGUGAUUUUCAAGCCAUACCUGGCUGUGGUCUCAAAUGUAAUGUUAGCAAAAUUAGUCAAUUUCUUGGAAACACUCCAAAUCCAACGGAUGAUGAUAUAAACUGUGAAGUCACAAUUGGAGAAACUAUUGUCGACAGUAUUUGCCUGACAGCUGCAACUCCUGUAGAAGAGAGUGAUACUGUUUAUUCAGUUUUAAUAGGUAAUAGGGAGUGGAUGAAGCGAAAUGGCCUUCAAGUAACUGAUGAACUUGAAGAAUCGAUGAAAAAGACAGAAGAAAAAGGUCACACUGCUAUUAUAUGUGCUGUAGAUGGUAUAAUUGUAGGAAUGAUAGGUGUCGCAGAUUCUGUGAAGGCAGAGGCUCAUUUGGCUAUUCAUGCUUUAAAACAAUUAAAUCUAAAUGUUAUUUUGUUAACUGGUGACAAUGUGAGAACUGCUCAAGCUAUUGCUAAACAAGUAGGAAUUGACACAGUUUUUGCUGAGGUAUUACCGUCUCAUAAAGUAGAAAAGAUAAGACAACUGCAAGAUUCACAAUUGAAAGUUGCAAUGGUUGGUGACGGAGUAAACGAUUCGCCAGCAUUAGCUCAGGCGGAUGUAGGAAUUGCUAUAGGUACUGGUACGGACGUUGCUGUCGAGGCUGCUGAUAUGGUAUUAAUACGAAAUGACUUAUUGGAUGUCUUUAAUGCGAUAGAAUUAUCAAAGAAAACUGUUAGACGAAUAAGGAUUAAUUUUAUCGCAGCUACAGUUUAUAAUCUUGUCGGAAUACCAAUAGCAGCAGGAAUAUUUCUCCCGAUUGGCUUAUCCUUACAACCAUGGAUGGCAUCGGCUGCCAUGGCCUCUUCAUCUCUUUCCGUCGUCUUCUCUUCGUUAUUGCUUAAAUUGUGGAGAAAGAAGAAACGACAAGAUUUAAUAACUUCAGAAUAUUUUCAUCUUUAUGAAAAUGAUCAGAGCAAUGAUCGACAAGUUGAAUUGCAUAGAGGCCUUUCAAAUAAUAUUAAGCUCAGAUCAAGUUCAGCUUCUCCGUCCAAAUUUGGUAAAAUAAAAAAGUUCGCAUCUUCGCCUACGGAUGGUCAAUCACUCUUAUCUAACGAUAAUCUAGAUCGUGAAAUGGAUCUACUAUAA